AUGAAGCCACAGUAUGAGACGUGGAGUGUGAGCAAGAUUACGACAAUCAAGGUUACUUUUCCAAUCAAAACCGACAUCUUCCCAAAUGUGAAGUUCAAGGUUGUGACGAAUUCUUCUAGUCAGGUCCACGAGUUUAUGCUCGUUGAUGUAGCUUGCCUUAACCCUUAUCAUUGGAUCAAGCUUUACAACUUGUUUCUUAGAGAUGGACAGAAGUAUGAGUCCGUUAUUGCUCACCUCAUGCAGAUGUUAAUCUCGUACAUUAAAGAGGUAGGAAAAAUGGAUGUAGAGAUUGCUACUGUGCUGCGAAGGAAUCCUUGUGUGCUACCUAAAGAAGUCCCAGGAGAAUUUCAUAAGGCUUGCCUCUUUCUUGCUGAUAAGCAUCUGUUCACUACCUCUUUCCUGGAGUAUGUGUUGGAUAUGGUCAACAAGUACAAUGGUAACAACACAAGUGACAAGAAGUGCUUUUCGGAUAUGAUUCUAAGGUAUAUCCAUGUUCUCAAUGUUCUAUUAGAUUUCAUUCCAAAAGUUUUGAAGUGUAGAAGCGAACUCAACAGUGAAGGACUUUUGCCUCAAUCGAUGCAAAUUGGGGGGGGGGGGGGGAUUGUUGAGUAUUAA